AUGGGAAGGCAAUCUAAUGCUGUUGCAUCUCCUGGAAUAAGGAGAGGUCCAUGGACUCCUCAGGAGGACAAGAAGCUCUUUGCUUUCGUUCAACAACAUGUCCAUGGAAGCUGGCGUUCCUUACCCCAGAAAGCUGGUCUCCAAAGAUGUGGAAAGAGCUGCAGGCUAAGAUGGAGAAACUAUCUAAACCCUGACAUUAAGAGAGGAAAUUUCAGUUUGCAGGAAGACCAGACCAUCAUUCUACUUCAUGCACUUUUGGGCAACAGGUGGUCCACCAUAGCUGCACAGUUACCAAAGAGAACAGACAAUGAGAUAAAGAACUACUGGAACACACAUCUAAAGAAGAGGUUAGCCAAGAUAGGGUUUGAUCCUGUAACCCACAAGCCCAAGACCGCCAUCCUCGCCUCUGCUGAUGGUGGCGACCCGAAGAAGCUCUCAAACCUCAGCCACAUAGCUCAGUGGGAAACUGCUCGGCUUCAAGCAGAAGCUAGAUUCUCCAGACAGUCAAAACUACUCAUCAGUCAUGACCAACCUCCUAGAUUUGGACCCGUGCCUGCACCACAAUGCCUUGACAUGAAUGAAAGAGCACGAGAAAUUCGAUUACUGUUAAAGUCAAUAUUAGCUGCAGACAGUGGUGCCCAAUUAGGUGGUGGUAUUGGUAGUACAGCCACCCACGUUGGGCAGGAGGUUGGUUCAUUUGGUAAAGUUGAUGUUGAGGGCUUGCUUACUAAUUGUGAUCAGUUUGAGGCUCCAAGAACCAGUACAUCAGUUCUGGGUUUUGAUGAAGUUUUUGGGGAGUCCGGUACUAAUAAUGACUACGGUGAACUGUUGGAGGCAUUACUACAGCACAACCAUAACAAUACUGGAUUUGAAGUUGGGGAUACUUGGACUUUGGAACAACGUGAAACAGUAAUGAUGAGCGAGCCGGGAACAACGUACAUUUGGAAUAAUAACAAUUAUAAUGUCCUUACCGGCCACCCGUCUGGAAUAUAA